AUGGUGGGGCUGAGGAACCGCUCCACGUGGGAACCAUUGCUCCUCAAGGCCUCCUGCAUCAAGUCCUGCGCCAACGGCUGCUCUCUGGGCAUCACGGCGAACCUUAGCUAUGCCAACGCUGAUGCAGAGUCCGUAGAAGGCGUCUUCAUGUACCCUCUGCGGGAAAAGGAGGUUGUGGUGGGCUUUAAGGCUGUAAUUGCAGGUCGGAUGGUGGGAGUGCAGAUCGAGAGCAGAGGGAAGCUGAAGGACUGCUGUCUGGAUUGCUGCCCGGGAUCGGGCCCCGACGGCCAAUGUGGGGACGCCCAGGAGUGGGGCUGCUGCGGGAGCUCCAACUUAGACUUGCAGUGCACCAACGGUCACCUCAUUCUGGACGAGGACCUGGAGAGGAACACCUUCAUUGUGGACACAGGGGUUAUUGGCCCUUUGGAUAUUGUGUCUAUCAUGAUCAGGACCACCCUAGAGCUCCCCACGUUAGAGAAUGGAGCGAUCCGCAUCGUCUACCCCACUCUGCUUACUCCUAUUGUCACCGGCCAGAUGACAUCAAGCAAAAGCGAAAAUGGAGGGAAAUCAGACGAGACAGGACCGACCAGUUGCUUUGGCGCCGCCUCAGUCAAGCAGGAGCGGGUCCUGGGCCCUGAGCAGCAGUGUGCCCAUGCCAUCUUCACCAGCCCAGCUGCCAACCUGGCACCUUACGAACUCAACUUUCAGCUGCUGGUUAAAGGGGCCUGUCUACUGGCUGGACUGGAAAGCCCCACACAUGAUCUGAGGGCGGAUGCAGACCCUAGUGCCCUUAGUGCCUCUGCCACCUACAUUACCUUGGCACAAGAGCAUCCGUAUGACCGGCAUAUAGAGGUCAUUCUCCACCUCAGCGAACCUCACAGCCCAUUGGUCAUCUUAGAGAGAGGCAGGCUCUCCUUUAGCCAGUAUGAACAGCAGGUCUCUUCCCGCCGCGACUUCAUUCGCUGUGCCCGAAAAGUUUCAGAACCCGAAAAGAAGUUGGAGUUUUUGAGGAAGCGGUACCACAAGGACAUCCUGUGCUCCCCGGUCUUGAUGCUCAACUUCUGUCCUGACUUGCUGUGUGAACCUCCAGAGCUGCACAAAGCCACCAGGGAGCUACUCUUCCUCAUUGACCGAAGCGGUAGCAUGAGUGGCACCAACAUCCAUCGCAUAAAGGAAGGCAUGGUGGUGGCCCUGAAGAGCCUCCCCCCUGGCACCAUGCUCAACGUUGUGGGCUUCGGCACCACCAUCAAGGCCCUGUUCACCUCCAGCCAGCCCUGCACCGACGUGACUCUGGCGCAGGCGUGUGAGUAUGUCCAGGGCAUGAGAGCAGACAUGCGUGGCACCAACCUGCUGGGGGCGAUGUCCUGGGUGUACCAGCAGCCUAUUCAACGGUCCUGCCCACGUCAGGUCUUCAUCGUCACAGAUGGCACCGUAAUCAACGUGGGCAAAGUGCUGGAGCUGGUCCGCAGAAACAUGUGUGCAGCCAGAUGCUUCGGUGUGGGCCUCGGUCUCCGAGCCUGCAGAAGGCUGUUGCAGGGCGUCGCCAAGCUGACAGGAGGGACAACGGAGUUUCUGGACGAUGAGGAGAGGCUCCAGCCCAAGCUCAUCAAGACCCUGAAGAAGGUGUUUGAGCCUGUACUGACCGACGUGCGGAUUGACUGGUACCUACCGGAAAACAUGGAGGCUCUUCUGUCACCCAAUGAGAUCCCUCCGCUCUACCCUGGAAAUCGACUGAUUGGCUAUUGUACUUUAUAUGAUUUGUCGAACUUCAAGGGCAAGAAGACAGAGGCCCAGGGAAGGAGCUACAAAGGUGUACAUCAUGACUCCACGGGGUCGGUGUUUGGCCUGGCAAACGACGAGCUCUCACCCCCUCCAGCCUCAGAGCUCCUCCCCAUGAUGCUGUCUGCAGAUGGCACCGACCUGGAUGAGGCGCUGAGGGAGAUCUCGAGGGAGAUCUCCUCCGAGUUCUCCUGCGCCAGGGACACGAAUCCUGGCACCAGCCCAGGUACAGAUAUGGACUGGUCCAGCGACGUCAGAAGAAGAAUCCAGGAGAGCUCCUACAUCCAGGAGCAGUAUGUCCUCACUCGCUGCUCUCUCAGCAGUGAGCGAGACCUACAAACGCACUCCCACUCCACCACACACACCUCCUGGAUCUCCGACACAACAGGUGGGCCCCUUCUCCCCGAUUCCCCCUCCGGCGCACUACUGGAUACCGGGUCUCUGCCCCAGGGCCUGGAGAAGAUGUCCCACCUGGAGCAGAGAACGUCUCUGUCUCGCUGGGCAGACUCAACGUGGCAACACAACCUCUCCAAUGAGAGUGCAGAACACAGGACAAAGAAGACCGGGCGUCUGUGCGGAGGAGAGGAAUCCCGGAGGAGACAGAGGUCGCUGGUGCGCUCGACCAUGGCAGCGCGGAGUUUCUCUUCCCCCCAGGGUGAACUGGACAUGCACCACCUGAGGAGGGCACUAGAGAGAGUCUCCUUUGACCAGACGCUGGGAGGGAGGCUGGAAGAAAGCGAUGCAGAGACGCUAGCCACCCCGAGAGGGACCAUGUCCCGCAGAAGCCUCACCGAUUCAAAUGGGAUGCUGUUCCCCGCCUCUCCUCUGGACUGGGACAGCUUCAUGGAGCCAGACUGUCUGUUCAGUGCCGUUCCCACUGAAAACCCUCCACCCGGCCAGUGCCGUUCUCUCAUCCACGGUCUGCUGGGGGGCAGACCCGUGUCCUGGGAGGUGACUGUGGACCUGAGGCACCUCUGGACCCCGGGCGGUCAGGAGACAACUGGCCGAGGAGACGGAGGGAGAGGGGAAUCUUGGAAGGAGAUUAUUCACCAGCUCACGGCUCUCUCGGUGAUCCGAGACUUUGAGAGAAUGGCGGAGAAGGAGAACGAUCCGGAACACGGCCUGGCCAAGCGCUACCGUAUGAAGGCCAUCCAGACGAGCAAGCGUUGCAAUAUCAUCUGCAUGUACACAACCUUCACCGCUACCGAAAGCAACCCCGGCAAAGGGCUGCUCGACAGCACCGAAGUCAAGAACACAGGGAUGCGUUUGGAUACCAGGCGGAGUUCCCAGUCAGGUAGUCACAGACAGACAGCUUAUUCGGUCGGUCUGGGACGCCGCCGCUCCAGCAGAGACAGCGAAGAGCCGGAGGACGCCUGGAACUCCACAGGUGUGAGCGGCGGAGCCUACCCUGCAAGCACCUCAGCGAUAUCAGGCGCUUCCUCCGCCCGCUCACAGCGCUCCGUAGAGAGCAAGCUGAUGGAGAGCUUCUUUGGCUCCAGGUUUUAUCUGGGCAGACUGAGGUCCUCCAUUUCAUCAGGGAAGCAGGUUCCUCUGAAGUCGCACUGCUUGUCUGCAGAGACCGAGAAACAAGCUGAAACGGAGGCUCCAGACUACCUCCCGCUGGUGCGUCUCCAGCUGGUAUCAGGAGCCUUCCUGUUGACAGAAGCCUACUCUGACUGUGUCCAGAUCCCCCUGGACCGUCUGAAGAGGGCAUCGCCUUACAGCCUCCAUCGUCGCAGCCUCAGCCCACCCUUCCGCUGCACAUCUCCCAAUGCCCCACCCACCAUCGCUGUUACGAAGCAACCCGGGGGGCUUCUCAAUAACUUCUCCUGUGCGCCGUCCUCAACCUCCUUCUCCAAACCCCCUGCACCUCCUUUCCACCACACUCCAGAUGACACACCUCUAACCCUGGAACCAAGACUCCGCCGGAGGCACUUCUCUGACAGAGACCCCGUUAUUACCUCGCCCCCCGACCUCCUCAGCUCUGAGGAGGGAUCUCUGGAAAUGUCUGUUAACCAAUCCCAGAGCCAGAGUCAUGGCCAGGCAGACAGCGGACGCGGGUCGGAGACAGACGUCUGCGAGGGCUCACCAGUGGACCCAAUUGCUGCAGAGCUCCAGGGGAUUGCUCAGCUGGCUCAGGGGGACCUGGAGGGCUCGAGCUGGGCCACAGUCGUUGCUCUGGCUUGGCUUGAGCACCGUUGUGCUGGCUACUUCAUGGAAUGGGAGCUGGUGGCAGCCAAGGCAGACUACUGGCUACGCUGUCAGGAUCUGCCGGAGGAGGUGGACCUGGCUGGGCUGAAGGGAGCUGCCAGACAACUGUUCCUGCUGCUACGCCACUGGGAUGAGAACAUCCAAUUUAACAUGCUGUGUUAUAAUCCCAAUAACAUGUGA